CUGUUUACAUCUCGUGACCUAUGACGAAAAAUUGAGCUGGCCUUAUCAUUUAGUACUAACUGUGGUUGGGUAUUAAUCAGUAUGUACCAGAUAUUGGACAUUGCUUCACUUCACCCACGUUUAUAGUGGAUGAUAAGAUAAACAAAGGAAGGAAGUUUUAUUUAACGCUGUUUAUUCGCUGUUCCAAUGACAUUUAGUAAAUGAACUGGAAUAUACAGGACACAGUUCUGCGGAAUACAAUUACUGGAAAUACACGUAACAGUUCUAUAGAAUACUAUUACUGAAACAUGGGUUAUGAUAUUCUGUGGUAUACUAUAUGACUGUUUAUAACGCCGGACACAGGAAUAGAAUUAGCGCUGUUUAUAACUAGGACGUAGGACACAGGUAUAUGGAAUAGAAUUACUGCUUGUUACUGAGACACAGGACACAGAAGUCUAUGGAAUACAAUUGCUGUUUAUUACUGAUGGACUAGGAUCUCUAGUCUGCAGUCUAUCAUAAACCUUUAAGGAAAAUAAACAGAAAAGAGAGAAAGAAAGAGAGAAGUGUGGUUUAACGUCAACUCAACACAAACUAGGUCAUUUCGGGAUUAAAUGGUUUAAUUUUAUUUCAAUAAUUCGCUUGCGAGUAGGGUCUUUAGCAGUGGGAGGAAACCGGGGGACCUGGAUAAAACCCACGAGGUUGGGCAGGCGACCCUGCUCCUUGUCACGUACAAGUCUAUGGAAUGCAAUGACUGUGUAUGAUAUCAUGAACGUUUAAGGAAAAAAAGAAAUGAAAUACACUUAAUACAAAUCUAUGUUUGUUCUCUAGUCUGUAUACUGUGAUAAACCUUUAAGGAAAAUACACAGAAAGGAAAUACACUGGAUACACUUCCGUGGAAUACUGUCCCAGUGUAUUACAGAACGACUAUGAUUAUAUAGUUUUACUUUAAAGUUGUUUAUACUGUAUAACGUCUCUUCGACACUCUAAUGUGGCAUGGUCAGAAUUAUCGCUGUGGAAUACUGUCCUAGUGUAUUACUGAGCGACAAUGAUAAUAUAGUUUUAAUUCACAGUUGUUCGUACUCUAUAACUUCUCUUUGACACUCUUAUGUGGAAUUGUUAGAAUUUUCGCUUUAGAAAAACGGAAUCCUGUCACGUGACCAAAGUUCCCGUGAAAAGACUUUUCCUGAAAAUACUGACACGAUCAUGAACCUUGUCAGGUGACGUAUACACACCCCAGACCAUGUGUUUUUAUAAACAAGUACAGUUUCUAUUUAUGCUGACAUUUCUGUUUAAUUUCAUCAACGGACAAAGGCGUCAACCAAACAUUGUGUUUGUUUUUGCUGACGAUUUAGGCUACCACGAUGUUGGAUAUCACGGAUCAGAGAUUAAAACGCCGAACAUCGACAGAUUGUCCUCGGGUGGUGUUCGAUUGGAGAAUUAUUAUGUACAACCAGUUUGUACCCCGACCCGUAGUCAGUUUAUGACUGGGCGUUAUCAAAUUCACACAGGAUUACAACAUGGCGUGAUUCGUCCAAGUCAAGCCAAUGCCUUACCCAGAAACAGUCCAACAAUUGCCGAGAAGUUCCAGGAAGUUGGGUAUUCUACACAUGCUAUAGGCAAAUGGCAUCUGGGAUUUUACAAAGAAAAAUUUCUACCAACAAAUAGAGGAUUUGAUUCAUUCUAUGGUUAUUUGACAGGGGCUGAGGAUUAUUUCGAUCAUUAUCGAUGUUUUGAUUAUUGUGGUUAUGAUCUCCAUGACAACGACAAAAAUAUAUUUAAUGGAACGGGGCAAUAUUCCACACAUCUAUUCACAGAGAAAGCAAUUGACGUCAUCCGAAAUCACGACCAAAGAAAGCCAUUGUUCCUGUAUCUGUCGUACCAAGCAGUUCAUUCACCUCUUCAAGUACCCAGAAGUUACAUCAGGCAAUACGAUCAUUUUACAGAUAAAAACCGCAGAAUAUACGCAGGAAUGGUAUCGUGUCUAGAUGGAAAUAUUCAACUUGAAGGUGAAACGCAUCCGUAUGUACAAGCUGUUAAUGAAUUGUCUGAAUUGUGGUUUAAUAGAGGAAGGAAUCCCUUUCUGUAUCCUGAUUUUAUUUACUAUAAUACCAAGAAUGGAAAACGGUUUGCAGAACAGUGUGAUUAUGUUCACUCAGUCUCAGAAGACAUCAUCGAGAAACGACGACAAACUUUAGAGAGAGAAGGACCAACCAAAAAGAGAUAUUUAGAUUUUCUAGAUAUUCUACUAACAGCUCGAGAUGAAACUGGUGUUGGAUUAUCACAGUUAGAAAUCAGAAAUGAAGUGGAUACGUUUUUAUUUGAAGGUCAUGAUACAACAGCUAGUGCCAUAUCUUGGAUAUUAUAUUCCCUUGCUCAACAUCCUCAAUAUCAACAAAAUGUACGGGAUGAAGUAGAUGACAUUUUAAACAGUAAACAAGGUGACAAUCUUGAAUGGGGCGAUCUGAAUAAAUUAGACUAUUUAAGUCGCGUUAUCAAAGAAGGGAUGCGGCUACAUUGUCCUGUUCCAUUUGCUCAGCGUCAGUUAACCCAGGAUACAGAAUUAGAUGGUCACGUGAUUCCUGAAGGAACAGCUUGCUCAAUUCAUCUCAUUAAUCUUCAUCAUAAUCCUUUAAUCUGGUCUGAUCCUUGGGAGUUUCAACCAGAUCGUUUCCUGCCACAGAAUACGACUGGUCGUGACAGUUAUGCUUUUGUUCCAUUUUCAGCAGGCCCAAGAAAUUGUAUUGGACAACACUUUGCCCUGAACGAAGAAAAGAUUCUUAUAUCCAGGAUAGUUCAAAGAUAUGAGUUAAAGGUUGACCCGAAUCACGUGGUUCGAAGAAAAACGGCUGCCGUUAUGAGAUCAGAAACUGGAAUCAAAUUAACAGCUACCAGAAGACAUUAACAGCUACCAGAAGACAAUAACAGCUACCAGAAGACAUUAACAGCUACCAGAAGACAAUAGGCUGACCUAUGUUGAUAUAUGUCUUAACUUUAAAAUUAAACAGCUACCAGAAGACAAUAAGCUGACCUAUGUUGAUAUAUGUCUAACUUCAAAAUUAACAGCUACCAGAAGACAAUAGGCUGACCUAUGCUGAAAUAUGUCUAACUUCAAAAUUAAACAAAAUUCCGCCGAGAUUAGAAGAUAAGAAAUAUUGAUUGAUAUAUUACUUAUGCCUGGUUCCCACUGUCGUGCGAUGCGUUAUGGUAGGAUUGUCCCUACUGAGUCCACGAUCUGCUACGUGCAGAUACGUUCGGAUACGUUUCGAUACGAUCAACACGAUUGCUACGACUGGCCUCAAUAUAUUAUAAAACUGUAGGAUCACCACAAUUACUCCACGAUUUUAAUCAUAGCGCGAAUCGUGAUAGUGGGAACCUAGCAUUAAUUUGAUAGCAUUCUCGAUGUAUACCUCGCCAGACCGGGAUGGUGUCCCGUACGGCGACCAGAAAAUGCACAAUGUCGCUGGCAAACGUGAACACAGUGCGAGAAAAUGUGAAUCCGUGAUCACUGGCGACCAUGGAGACCACAUCGCGAUUUCUGGCGUUUCCACCAUGCUUUUACCACGCUUAUGGCGACCUUGACGCGCUCUGGGACCAUUUUCAGUCGCCGUAAUAGCACAGUAAGGACGCCACCCCGGUCUAAAGUCUCUGGUUUUCAUUUGAAGGAUUUUGUAACUCUUACAAACUACAUGUCCAAAACAAACGCCAAGGUUCUGCGAUCUGCCCUGGAAAGAUGUCAAAACGCGAUGUUUUUCAAGUUUGUAAUAUUUUGGGACACGUUUGCCAGCGAUCUUUUGCAUUUUGUGGUCGCCGUACGGUCGCUGCUGCGCAGUAAGGACGCCACCCGGUCUGACGGGGGCAUUACUAACUACAAUAUUGUAAAAAUAUCGCUGGUUUUGAUUUUGUUUUCUUAAUUAAAUCUUUACUAAUCAAUAAUGUCUAAAAACCGACAAUAACUAUCAAUCUGAUUACAACACAGAUCCUAUUUCGUUUUCAUUUUUAAAUUUCAAAAUUUCGUUUUACUUGUCUUUACCACACUAGGAUCUGGAAGAGUUGUUAUAUUACCCGUGUUCUGAAUGAUGUGAGCCUUGUGAUGGAUUAGCCAAUGAAACGGUCUGUUUUUGGCGUGAGGUGCACGGAACUGUGGGUAACCCACUAAAACAACAACGCUGAUUGGUUAAUCAAAUGCCUGACGGUAUAGGGCCAAAAGUCGCUCGUAUGACCUCUAACGCGACCUUCCGCUAAAACUAGUCAGAUCUUCAUGUAGUGGAAGCCAUCAAAAGUAUUAAAAAAACGAAACGAAAUAUAGAUCUGUAUUUUAAUCAGAUUGCAAUGACUAUCAACGGCUUUAGAGUUAAGCUAUUUUUUGUUAUUGCAAAUAUUAAGGAUUGUAAUACAACGCAAAAACUAUUACAAGAGAUCAAAUUAUUAUUUUUUUUUAAAUACUCAAGUCAUUCUUAUGUUACGUUCAGGUUUAUCAUAUCAAAUGUUUCACGUAAAUGAUGUAUAGUCUAUUACAUAAAAUGUUCCAUUAUUCUGACUGUUCCGUUGACGUUCUGUGGUUAUUUAGGUCCGUUUAUUUCCGCAAACUAUGCUGGCGGUUCAGUCGAAUGGAUAACACUAUUAAAGCUAUGUAUUCGUUAGGUAUUAGUACAUCACCAGUCUAUAACAUGAUAUUUAUAUUAUUCCGGCGCUUAAACCGCAUGGAUAACACCAUUAAAAUUAUGCAUUUGUUUAAACAUGAUAUUUGCAUUAUUAUGUUUGAUUCUAGUAUUUCACCAGAAUGUUUGCCAUUCCGCCGCAUACAAAAAGCACUUAAAGCCAUGUAUUCUUUUAGUACUACAAAUUAUCCAGUCUUUAAAUUCACAUUUCCAUCAGUUCAGUCUCAUGGAUAAUCGCAUUAGUACUAAUGAGAGAGAGCGAGAGAGCGAGAGAGUGGGGGGGGGAGAGUUUAACGUCCACUCGACACAAACUAGGUCAUUUCGGGACUGAUAUAUUUUAAUAAUUCGCUUGCACGUAGGGGGUCUUUAGCAGUGGGAGGAAACCGGGGGACCUGGAGAAAACUCACGAGGUUGGACAGGCGACCCUACUCCUUGUUACGUACAACCGGUGAAUGGAAACCAAGCCAGUUGACUCAAUGGCAGACCCUAUGAUAGAGCGCACACGUGCUAAACAUUCAGCCAUCCAAUCCCCCUAGAAAUAAUGAAGACGGGAUUAACAAAAACAACGUUUUAAAAAAAUCUUACUUAAUCUUACUUUUAAGUUUAGACACAAUCUAUUCAUAAGUACGAUAAAUGUUAUUAUUCUAAUACAAAAUAAUAAAAAACCCAAUGUUUAUUCUGGAUAUU